CAUCUUCAUCUUUCUACGCCCACUCAUAGGCAUACACAUACACAUAUAUACACAUACAUAUACAUAUACAUGCUUUUAUUAACCCAUGUUCUAAAACUGCUGAGCAAAGAAAGCCCCCGCAUCUUCAUUCCUGGAAUACGUAAUAUGGAGAACUUUGGGGAGUGGGAGAAGAUGAAGAGCAUGAUCAACGAGCUGAUGGCGGAAGGGAGAGACUAUGCUAACCAGCUCCAGUCUCAGCUCAACUCGGCUUCUUCUUCACAGGAAACGCGUGAAGAAUUGGCCAAGAAGAUUCUUGAAUCCUACCAAAAGUCUCUCACCCUCAUGAACUCGGGCGAGUCAGGGGGACAAAACUCGCCCCAUUGCCACGGCGGAAGCAGCCCCAAGAGCGAAGAUUCCGACCAAGACCACCAAGUCAUAAGGUCGAAGAAGGCGAUGCCGAGGUGGAAGCACAAAGUCAGAAUUACCCCUGGAGCUGGAAUUGAUACAACACUGGACGACGGAUUCAGUUGGAGGAAAUAUGGUCAGAAAGAUAUUCUUGGAGCCAAAUUCCCAAGAGGGUACUAUAGAUGCACACAUAGACAUUCCCAGGGAUGUCUUGCGACCAAACAGGUCCAAAGAUCCGACGAUGAUACGAUGCUGUUCGACGUUACUUACAGAGGCACACAUACUUGCUCUCAAGCCGCAAACAACGUUGGCAGUUCAUCAACGUUUCCAAUAGAUCCAUCGGUCCAAGAUCAAGAACCGAACCCUACCUCUCAAGAACUCGAUAAUCUCCGAGGAAACCUUCGUGUUGUGACCGAAGGUCUAGAGAUUGAUCAUCACGGCAAUCAGCAGCAUCGCCAACUCCUUCAUUUCCCUUCGUCUACUAACCCUAAUCCGGCCGGGGACAGCAACGCGUAUCACUUCGUUCACGCGACCGACAACAGUGGACUAUAUGGAAAUGGUUAUUCUAAUCAUGGGGGGGAUUACAAUUUCUCGAUGCCUCAUGGUGGCAUGAACGAGUUUCAUGAUAUCAUAUCGGCUUCUCCUUCGACGUCGAACUCUCCCACGGCCGGUUUUGAUUCUCCUUACGGAAACGCAGCGUUCGAUCCGAAUUUUUCGUUCGGAAGAUUUGGAGGGUUCUUCUCCUAAGGACCGUUACUUACAUUAUAUCGAUGCAUUAUAUCUUACGUCGGUAAUGUCCGUAAACGCAAUUUCUAUAUUUUCGUAGCACAAGUUUUGUUUUCCGUUAUUACAUAAGCAAAAUCUUAUUCAAUAAGUAUGAUAAUGUAUUGUCAUAUGAGUUUCCGUCUGAAUAACACUUUAGCAUAUGCUAUGUUAUAAGCUAUUAAUGGUAGUCCUUUUUUUAUA